AUGGAUUGUAUUAUAGUAUGUACGUUUGUUUUAGUACGUCGUUUUAUUACCUAUAACUUGUUCGUAUUCGUGUGAUAAAAAAUACUUUCACUUCGUUGACAACCGUCGAUACUAUAGUAUAUUCUAAAUGUGCAGUGUGUGGACUUUACGAAUUACAAACUUUAUCCGAUAAAUACUAAAUGCGAUGCGCACAGAUGCUACUGAAAUGGCUUAUAAGAAAUAUUGUGUUGUGUUUAUAAUUUUCGCUCUUGCGAUAGUUCAGGCGGUCGGUUACGACACAGAGCUGUAUGAAUGGAAGCCUUGCAACAGUAAUGUAUGCUUCGAAGCGCUUCACGGAGCCCUAGGCGACUGUUCUUGCAGUGUCGACACGAUUGACUACUUCAACAAUGUAAAGAUCUUUCCUCGCAUCCAGAGCUUAGUGAGUAAGGAUUAUUUCCGUUUCUACAAAGUAAAUUUAAAGAAGGAAUGCCCAUUUUGGGCGGAUGACAGUAGGUGCGCUAUGAAAUACUGUCAUAUAAAAAAAUGUUCUAAAGAAAGUGUGCCUGGAUACGCGAAUGGUUAUGAUAAUGACCAUAUCGACGAGACUCCAGCCACAAAGUACACCAAGGAAGCUCAGUCCGAAUGUGGCUCUGAUGCUGAUCAUGAUCCUGAUUUGAGUUACCUUAAUAUGACUAUAAGUGCAGCUAGUCAAUAUGAAAUUGCAAAGUGGAAAGCAUAUGAUGAUGCUCUUGAAAAUUUUUGUGAAAAUGAUGACAGAAAUGUUGAUGCUGAAUAUGUUGAUUUAUCUUUGAACCCCGAACGUUACACUGGCUAUAAAGGGUCAUCAGCGCACAGAAUCUGGCGGAGCAUAUACCAGGAAAAUUGCUUUCGUCCUAAAUUGAACCCUUAUGAGUCAUUCCCUUAUGUUUUGAGUUCAGAUUUAAGCAAUAUGUGUUUAGAGAAGAGAGUUUUCUACAGGGCUGUGUCAGGUUUGCAUACAAGCAUUAAUAUUCAUUUAUGUUCUAAAUAUUUGCUGUCAGAAAAGACAGUUGGAUUUGCUGCACCACCUGAGGGAGAGUGGGGACCGAAUUUGGAAGAGUUUCAGCGUCGUUUUGACCCAUCUCAGACAUUUGGGGAAGGUCCAAAUUGGCUUAAAAAUCUGUAUUUUGUAUAUUUAUUAGAAAUGAGAGCUCUAGCAAAAGCCGGACCCUAUUUAGAGAGGGAGGAGUAUUUUACUGGUAAUCCUAUAGAGGAUGAAGAGACCCGGCAUGCAAUACGUAAUAUGCUCGGGGUCAUUUACACCUUCCCAGAUCAUUUCAAUGAGUCAUCAAUGUUCAACGGAGGUAGUCAAGCAGCAACACUUAAAAAUGAGUUCCGUGAACAUUUUUGGAAUAUAUCAAGAAUAAUGGACUGUGUUGGAUGUGAUAAAUGUAAACUUUGGGGUAAGCUGCAAACUCAAGGUCUAGGAACAGCCCUCAAGAUUUUAUUUUCGGGUAGAUGGGACAGUUCUGAUGGGGAUCCAGAGCAAGGCAAGCUGCCACUGAGGCACAAAUCGCAACGAUUGCAAAGAACUGAGAUAGUGGCAUUGUUUAAUGCAUUCGCUAGACUAUCAAAUAGUAUAAGGGAAUUGGAGAACUUCAGGAUAAUGCUCAGUGCAAAUAAAGAGUCGGAGCCGAAGCAAAAUAUAUUUGGCGGGAAAGAAAUGAAGGACUCUAAUAAAAAAGUCAACGUGAAGACCGGACAGUGUACAUCAGGCGGAUCGAAACCAAGAUUAGGAAGUUAAAUUUAGAUAUUUAUUUAAUUAUGUUGGCGUAAAUUGGUUAUAGUUUAGGUCAUAAUGUAGGAGAAUAUAGGGUCUAUAAUUAAAUAUACAGGGUGAUACUUAAAAAAAAUCAAUUAAAAACAGUAGUUGUAUUAGAAAGAAAGAAAUAUGGUUAUUUGACGCAUAACAACAACAAUUUCAAUAAAAUCAUGUUUUUAUAUAUAAAAUAAAAGGAGAAAUACAACAAAAGAAGAAAUUGCAAUAUUAUUAUUUAAUUUCGGAUAAAAAAUAAAAAAAAAACUUAUUCGAAAAGUCUAAAAAGAAUCCAAAAUUAAUCACUUUGUAAAGCAAUGUCAAAGGUCAAUACGAAGGAGAAAUGAGCGCUGAAAUGUAACGGAAUAUCUGUUACUUAAUUUUAAUCAUAAUACAUUAAUAUUAUAGAUUAUUUAAUUAAAAUUUAGCUCAAUUUCGCCUUUGUAGUCCAUUUACACGAGUCAUAAUAGAGUUAGGUUUACAUAAUCCGCCGAAUUUAAUAGAUCUCUCGCGCUCAAGGCGUAAUAUUAACGGACUAGUAUAUUAACAUCGGCAGAUUAUACAAAGAAAUCUCUAUUAUGAUUCGUGUAAUUCGAUCUCUUUAAACACCUUGUACACGUAUAUAUUUGUAAUAUUUAUGAUAAAGUCGAAAAGUACGAGUAAUUUAAUUAAAAAAAAAAAUCUUAAUAUAACCGCAUUUUAAUUUAGCGAUUCGUGAUCAUAUGGUAUAGUAAAUCGAUAUAAAACCUCAAAUACCAUUUACGCCAACAUUCCAGAUCAUCACAAGACUUAAUAUUUAUUGAAAUCCAGUGAGUGUUGAGCUUAAUUUAUAAUAUAGUGCAAGGCAAAGCUAAAUAUUGUAUAAAGUAAUAAGAGAUAAGAUAAACCUAAAUUUUAUGUGUUAACAAAUUGCAUAAUCUUUAAACAAUUAUAAUUAAAUUUUAAUUUGCUUAUACACGUGUGACAUUUUAAAAUGUA